AUGGUCACGAUCCUGAUGCGCAUCUGGGUCAGAAAAAUUGCCUUGCAGGCCUUCAGCUGGGACGACUGGAUGAUGGCAAGCAUGGUGAUCUUCUUCCCUAUGCAGCAAGCCCUUCUGUACUUCUUCCUCGACAAGGGCGCCGGCGAUUAUGGCAACGCGACCCAAGGUCAUGACAGACCUCCUCAAGGUAGGCGCAAGUUGGCAUCCACAAGAGGGUUUGCGAACGAACUGAAGUUAACACAAGACGGUUGCCAGGGUCUCCUAGUUGAGGAGUUUUACUAUGUGUGGAUGCAGUUCGGCGUCAAGCUGUGCUUUCUGCUAUCCUUCUUUCGUAUCUUCGGCAAAGUGACACUCCGCAUCCCACUAUUGUUCGUCACUGCCUUCCAUGUCGGGUCCACCAUUGCUAUAUGGCUUCUCUAUGCCUUGCAAUGCCGGCCGUUGAAGGCAUUCUACCAUCCUGAGCUCUACCCGAACGUCAAGUGCAUCAGUAACAACAUGUAA